UUAAUCGCCUGCUGUCUCCAGUCCAUGAUGGCUGACCUAUGGAACGUCUGGUACAGUGUUGGGAUGGUUGGAUAUCGCGCGAACACCUCAUCACGUGGCGAGGACACGAUUUCAGCCUUGCCACUGCUGCCUGAAGCAUGGCGUUCUCCAUCAACGUCAGGACUCCCAUUCCUGAGCAAGUUUUGAACCGUCCUGCCCUUCCUCUGCUGUUCAAGUUCGGCUCCACCGCCGUCUUCAACCUCCUGAGGUCUUUAGAUAUGAGUUCUCUUGAGUGCCCAGCAUAUAACUCGAAGAGCGAUCACGAACGGUCCUGGAGCUACAGUCCACGGGAUGACCCUGAAGAUGAAGGCAAUCCUCUAGUUGCCGGUGUCGACCUUUGCAGCAAUUGUCAAAUCUUGAGGUGGCUUGGACUACGUCGCCCACCGACGGGAGAGCAUAUUCCAGGCGAUCUUUUUAACCGCUAUCGAGAAUCCGCAAGAGCGCCUGUGUCCUCAACUUGCGAGUUAUGCCAAGCCAUUUGUUCAUCAUUAUCUGCUACUCAAGUCAAGUACAUAACCCUGUCACUUGGGAGACUAGCUGAUGCUAUCCGUCUGGACAUAUCGUAUCCAGACCAGGAACGACCUUAUGAACUUCUGUUCGUCGAAAUCGAAGAUGAAACUGACUGUACGAUUACUCAGGAAAUUACUUUUUCGCUGAUACUCCCCGCACAGACGGGUGUGACAGUGCGACGAAUCGAACCCGAAUCGGUGGAUUAUACAGAAGUACGACUUUGGAUCGAUCAUUGUGAUUUCACUCAUGGCCCAAGCUGUCAUACCGCCACGAAGCUUCAUGUACCUCACUUCAAAGUUAUCGACUGCUUUAACCGGCAAGUCUUACCUUUACCUGACCUGCAAACCCAGUACGUCGCGCUUUCGUACGUUUGGGGCAAACCAAAUCCAGAAGUCGAUAGCUCGGAAAGGUUUCCACAAACGAUCGAAGAUAGUAUAGACGUAACUUCAAAAUUGGGAUACAGGUACCUUUGGGUUGAUCGCUAUUGUAUUGAUCAAGAUGACAAAGACAAUAAGCACAUCCAGAUCUCCAUGAUGGAUCUUAUCUAUUCUCAGGCCUGCCUGACGAUCGUUGCAGCCAUGGGCGAUGCUUACGAUGGGCUCCCAGGGGUGAAUGAGCUCUCACGCAGUAUGCAAAAAUACCUUAAAAUCGGUCAAUUGCAAAUGAUUGAAUGGUUCGUUCCACGCGACCGAAUUUUGAUAUCGAACUGGACUAAAAGGGCAUGGACAUACCAGGAAGGCGCUAUUUCGAAAAGGAGAUUGAUUUUUACUGAUGGUGGUGUUGCGUUCUGGUGUCGACGGAUGUACUGCCAGGAAAGUGUCAAAGAAAGGCCAUUACCAUCACACCCACGGGACACUAGUAAUGCUGGUGAGCAGCUUGCGUACAUUAUCCCUCGAGUAGCGGACGUGUUCAACCAAACGAGGUUCGCGAAAGUGAUGGAACAGUAUUCUCGAAAGACUAUGAGCUAUGAUUCAGAUGCCCUAAAUGCCUGCCUGGGUGUCUUACGCGCGUUGGAUACAACACACUGCUGGGGGGUGGCAGUGGAGACUUUUCAUCGAACCACGAUGGCAAAUGAUAUGUAUACACUCAACCAUAGGUGUACGUCACCUCGGGAUUUGACAGUUCAAACCCAACCCCAAGUUGUUUCCAAUCCAUUUGCCAAUAUCGACACAUGGAAACCUUCAUACCUGGAAAAAUCUGUCAUGUACCUCGCUUGGUACAACAUGGGCGCUGUGGAAGAAUGCAAAGAACGCAAAGAGUUUCCUACCUGGUCAUGGACGCGAUGGGGAGGUAAAAAGUACUACCAGGAUCACGGCUACUACACCGUUCGCCGUUCAAAACUCAGAACUCGCAUCCCUAUGGACGACAUGUAUGGGAUACUCAAGAUCAAAAUCUUUGUGGAUGAUAUGGAAUGGCUGAAUGUCUUUGACCAUUUCCACAGACUUCGCGCUCUCGAAGGAUCCAAACUAGGCAAGAUAUUACGAGUCACGGGAAACACAGUGACGCCACGCUACGAUGAGACACCAGAGGGAUUGGAAAUGAUCCUGACGACUGAGUUUGGCUUUGAUCUGCAUCUGAAAACGUUCAUUGACUCCCUCGAAUGGACAUGGGAAAACAUUGCCGACACGGUGGCCCUCGAGAUAUUUGAGUUCUUUAAAGAAUAUCAUGAUAGCGAUGCCUACGGCACCGUUCUCAUUCUGAAAUCAGACGGAGAACAAUACCGGAGAAUUGGUGUAGCAACAAUCAUGGAUCUUACACUCGAUUCUUUGAGAAGUUCACACCAUGAUUCGAUCGAAUUGGGCACUUUGGCUAUAGCAGGAGCAAUAACUCGUACAGUGCACAUAGUAUAGAUAGUCAAAUCCUCUGAUAAUAUGGAUCACUCAGGCAACAAUACGAUACUCCAAAAGGAAGGCUCUUGGGUAGAUGGAACUAUGUUGAGCGAGCGAACUCAGUCGUGGAGAAUUAAGCAAAGAUGUAUGGCACCCUGAGAUUCAAACCAAGAUAGCAGGAAGACGACAC